AUGAAGCAUACAAAAAUUUCUUUCUUGCUAUUAUUAUUUUUGUGGGUUUGUUCAGUGACUGGCUCAGUGACCUAUGAUCACAAGGCCAUUGUUGUUAAUGGACAGAGAAGACUUUUAAUUUCUGGGUCCAUUCAUUAUACAAGAAGUACACCUCAGAUGUGGCCAGAACUUAUUCAAAAGGCCAAAGAUGGAGGCUUAGAUGUUAUACAAACUUAUGUAUUUUGGAAUGGACAUGAACCUUCUCCUGGUCAGUAUUAUUUUGAGGAUAGGUACGAUUUGGUUAAGUUCAUCAAGGUGGUGCAACAAGCUGGCCUUUUAGUUCAUCUACGCAUUGGUCCCUACGCAUGUGCUGAAUGGAACUUGGGGGGAUUUCCUGUUUGGCUUAAGUAUGUCCCGGGUAUUGCAUUCAGAACAGACAAUGAGCCUUUCAAGGCGGCAAUGCAAAAUUUUACUACUAAGAUUGUCGACAUGAUGAAGGCAGAGAAAUUGUUUCAAACGCAGGGAGGUCCAAUAAUUUUGUCUCAGAUAGAAAACGAGUAUGGACCAGUGGAGUGGGAAAUUGGUGCUCCUGGGAAAGCUUACACGAAAUGGUUUGCUCAAAUGGCUGUAAGUUUAGAUACAGGUGUACCAUGGAUUAUGUGCAAGCAAGAAGAUGCUCCUGAUCCUAUUAUUGAUACUUGUAAUGGUUACUACUGUGAAAGCUUCAUGCCCAACAAGAACUUCAAACCCAAAAUGUGGACUGAAAAUUGGACUGGCUGGUACACAGAGUUUGGUGGUGCAGUUCCACGUAGAUCAGCAGAAGACACGGCAUUCUCUGUUGCAAGAUUUGUACAAAAUGGUGGCUCAUUUGUUAACUACUAUAUGUAUCAUGGAGGAACCAACUUUGAUAGAACAUCUGGUGGACCCUUCAUUGCUACAAGCUAUGACUUUGAUGCCCCUCUUGAUGAAUUUGGACUUUUGAACCAACCAAAAUGGGGGCAUUUAAGAGAUUUACAUAAAGCAAUUAAGCUAUGUGAACCAGCUUUAUUGUCUGUUGAUCCCACAGUAACUUGGCCAGGAAAAAAUCUAGAGGUACAUGAAUUCAAGACAAAUAUUACUGGUGUUUGUUCUGCAUUCCUUGCGAAUUAUGAUACCAAAUAUCCGGCGACAGUUAAAUAUGGGGACGGACAAUAUGAACUGCCACCUUGGUCAGUUAGCAUUCUUCCUAACUGCAAAACUGCAGUUUUCAACACUGCAAGGCUUGGUACUCAAAGUUCCUCAAUGAAGAUGACUGCUGCAAACAGUGCAUUUUAUUGGCAGUCAUAUAAUGAAGAACCAGCAUCAUCCGAUGAACGCGAUUCCAUCACAGCGUAUGCAUUAUGGGAGCAGAUAAACGUCACCCGAGAUUCUACUGAUUAUUUGUGGUAUAUGACAGAUGUCAACAUUGAUCCAAAUGAAGGCUUUAUAAAAAAUGGACAAUCUCCUCUACUUACAAUAAUGUCAGCAGGUCAUGCUAUGCAUGUAUUCAUUAAUGGUCAACUUUCAGGUACUGUGUAUGGUUCAUUGGAGUUUCCUAAAUUAACAUUUAGUAAGAAUGUUAAUCUAAGGAUUGGAAAUAACAAGAUCUCUUUACUUAGUAUUACUGUCGGUCUCCCGAAUGUCGGCGUGCACUUUGAGACAUGGAAUGCCGGGGUGUUAGGCCCGGUCACACUCGAGGGACUAAACGAGGGUACCAGAGACUUGUCUCGACAAAAAUGGUCUUACAAGAUUGGUCUUGAGGGUGAAGCCUUAAAACUUCACACUCUAAGUGGAAGCACAUCAGUUAGAUGGGUACAAGGAUCAUUAUUGGCUAUAAGAAAACCUUUGACAUGGUACAAGGCAUUUUUUAGAACACCAGCAGGCAAUGAUCCAUUAGCUCUAGAUAUGAGCAGUAUGGGAAAGGGUCAAGUAUGGAUAAACGGUCGUAACAUCGGACGACAUUGGCCAGGAUAUAUAGCACGCGGUAAAUGUGAGGAUUGUUAUUAUGCCGGAACUUAUACCGAAACAAAAUGUCGGACGAAUUGCGGACAACCCUCACAGAAAUGGUACCAUGUUCCUAGGUCAUGGUUGAACCCAAGAGGGAACUAUUUGGUUGUGUUUGAAGAAUGGGGAGGUGACCCUAAUGGAAUAUCUUUGGUGAAAAGAACAACAGGAAGUGUUUGUGCUGAUAUAUAUGAAAAUCAACCAACACUUAGGAACAAUGUUACUAGACUAGCUGAUUUGUGGUGUCCCAUUGGACAAAAGAUCUCCCAAAUUAAAUUUGCUAGCUAUGGAUUGCCACAAGGAACUUGUGGAAACUAUAGAGAGGGGAGUUGUCAUGCUCACAAAUCAUAUGAUGCUCCUCAAAGGGACUGCAUUGGCAAGCAAUCUUGCAUGGUAACUGUAGCUCCAGAAAAUUUUGGGGGAGACCCAUGUCCAGGAAUUGCAAAGAAGUUCUCAGUUGAGGCCCUAUGUAGCUAGGAUCAUGUGGUGAAGCAAUUUUUUUAGGUUAGGUAUA